AUUGAAUAUUUAAUCACUGCUAAACUCUGUUGCAGUUAGAAAUCUGGCAAACCCUUCUUUCCACUCAGGCCACUCCAUUGGCCUAUCACACUGAAAGCCUGGUGGAGAGUUGAAAUUUGGUAUUUAAUUUUCCUUUCAUUUAUGCUGGUUGAAAAUGAGUCAACUUCUGACACUGUGCCAUGUGACAACAGGAAGGAUUGCUUUCUUGUAACACCAAACACAGAACUUUUAUUAGUAUCAGAAAAACAGGAUUUGCUUGUUAUGGUGCAAUCCCUAACAUCAUUCCCUCUCAUUUUCUGCUUUAAGAGGUGGAAGUGGGGGGCUUCUGUGUGGAAUCUUCCCCAAUCCCUUCUGCCUGGUUUCCUGCUAUAGAUUUUAAAAAACAGGGCACACAGCCUCAUAAAAAUCAUUCCAUGCUCCAUCUUGAUUUACUGUGGUCUGCUCAGACAGAACUUUUCAUCCUGGGACCUGUCAUCACUACAGGCAGUACCUUUCUCUUUUAGAAAUGAUGUAUGUAUAUAGCAGGCGGGUCAGGGUUUGGAUGGUAGUUCAUGGAUUAGCCAGUAUAUGUACACAUUGCUGACACAUCUCUGAAAUGAGCUGUGAACAAAGCAGUAACUGACUUCAGUGAGGCAGAGGAGAAAAAAACAGCCAGUUAAUUAAGGAGAGAGAUCAAUGUUUGUAAAGCAGGCCGAAGAUGAACAGUGGUGCUGGAACUAGAGGUUCUGGGAGUGCUGCUGCACCCACUAGUAGUAACAAAAACCAAAUACAUGAUUUCCAUCAUCAGCACCCCCCACUAUAAAAAUUGCAGCACCCCUGAAGAUGUAUAAAUGCGAACGAUGAAUUAUUAGAGGGACUCAAGUGGUCUGGAACAGAGUAAGCAGGCUCCCCAAGAGGCGUGAGUGGAAACGGGCCCUAAAAGCAGUCUGAGGUAGCAUCCAGGGAUGGCCCUUCGAGAUGUUCCACGUGUUUAAUGUAUUGUGGACUGGAACCUGCCCCACUGAACUUGAGUGAUGGGGAAACAAUGACUGGCGAGGGCUAUGAGUAGCUACACCCCCACCCCCCCCCCCCGCUCCUUCCUUUUUCUCUGUGGCGACCAACCGUAGCAAGAGGGUGCGCGCGCCUCAAGCCCUCGACCCCCGCAGUUGAGCGCGAGCUCUUCCACUGCCACCGGCAGUUAGACAGUUGAGAUCGUUGGGUCUGUCAGGCCGGGCGCGCGCGUAGUCACUUGCGCCGCAGAUUGUUCAAUCGUAGGCGGGCGCGCGCGGUCGUUCAUCACCCAGCGCCUGCGCGGUGGGCUCACCCCCCCCCACAGAUUGAGGAAUUUGUGCGCAUGCGUUUUCUCCCUUCCUUCUCUGUUUGUGGUGGUGUCUGUUGUUCCCUCCUCCUCCUCGGGUCAGGUAGCCGCUACUGAAUGACAGUAAUCCAGACCGGGUGAGCUGCAGCAGCGGCCCCGAGCGCGGGAGCCCGCCUGGCGGACGGAGUGGUUCCUUCCUCGCUCCGUCUCCUUCGCAGUUCAUUGAACUUGCUGCUUUAAAUAGUGCUAUCCUUCUGGUGGAUCCAUGCAUGCAUUGUGAGAGGCAGGGGCUGCUUCCUUGCAUGACUGCGUGCAGAUACUAUGGCAGAAAGCUAUCGCCUCCUGCUGCACCCUCUACCGAUUAACUCUUGGCCUGAGGUCAGAGUCAACUUUGAGCACUGCUGCUUUUGAAUGGUGGUGGUUAAGGAGGAUUCAGAGAACAGGAGUGGUUCCUGUCCAUAUUGAAGACUUGCUCCCCGACACUUCUGUCUUACAUCUCAUCUGAUGCAGUGGGGUCCAAGGGAUGUACCAGUCUUCAGGCGAUGGAAGUGGGGAAAUCACUGGGUGCUGGAGCACUAUGAGGAGAAUUCAGGAAUGUGGAGAGGUGCAUCAAAGCAGCUACUUCAUUAUUGUGCCAACACGUACUAAGAGAAGUACAUUCACAGGAAUGAUUAUUCUGUUGCCUUGGAAAUGAAGUGACUACCCUGCUGCUGUAAAUGUAGGGCAGAAGAUCAAUGGUGUGAGCAGUAUGGAGCUAAUGAACGGGCAGUCGAGCAAUGUUAAUAUUGCCGCUACUGCUUCAGAGAAGAGUAGCAGCUCUGAAUCCUUAAGUGACAAAGGUUCUGCUGAACUGAAGAAAAGCUUUGAUGCAGUGGUAUUCGACGUUCUCAAGGUUACACCAGAAGAAUACGCCGGUCAGAUAACACUAAUGGAUGUCCCAGUAUUUAAAGCUAUUCAGCCAGAGGAAUUGUCAAGCUGUGGGUGGAAUAAGAAAGAGAAGUACAGUUCUGCUCCAAAUGCAGUUGCCUUCACAAGAAGAUUCAACCAUGUAAGCUUCUGGGUCGUUAGAGAGAUUCUUCAUGCACAAACUUUAAAAAUCAGAGCUGAAGUUUUGAGCCACUAUAUUAAAACUGCUAAGAAACUUUAUGAGCUGAAUAACCUGCAUGCCCUUAUGGCAGUGGUGUCUGGAUUGCAAAGUGCCCCCAUCUUCAGGCUGACUAAAACUUGGGCGUUAUUGAGCCGAAAAGACAAAACUACCUUUGAGAAGUUGGAGUAUGUUAUGAGUAAAGAAGAUAAUUACAAACGACUUAGAGACUAUAUUAACAGCUUGAAAAUGACUCCUUGUAUUCCUUAUUUAGGUAUUUAUCUCUCCGACUUGACGUAUAUUGACUCCGCAUACCCAUCUACAGGGAGCAUUCUGGAAAGCGAGCAGAGAUCAAAUUUAAUGAACAACAUACUUAGAAUAAUCUCAGAUUUUCAGCAGUCCUGUGAAUAUGAUAUUCCUCUGUUGCCUCAUGUCCAAAAAUACUUGAACUCAGUUCAAUACAUAGAAGAGCUACAAAAGUUUGUGGAAGAUGACAAUUACAAGCUUUCAUUAAAGAUAGAGCCAGGAACCAGCACCCCUCGUUCUGCUGCUUCCAGAGAAGAUUUAGUAGGCUCUGAAGUAGGAGCAUCUCCACAAAGUGCACGGAAAAAUGUUGCAGCUGAAGGAGCAUUGCUCCCACCAACUCCUCCAUCACCUAGGAACCUGAUACCACACGGGCAUAGGAAAUGUCACAGCUUGGGAUACAAUUUCAUACACAAAAUGAAUACAGCAGAGUUUAAAAGUGCAACAUUCCCCAACGCAGGACCAAGGCAUCUGUUGGACGACAGUGUCAUGGAACCUCAUGCCCCAUCCAGAGGGCAGGCAGAGAGCUCCACCCUUUCUAGUGGAAUUUCAAUAGGUAGCAGUGAUGGUUCAGAACUUAGUGAAGAGACUUCAUGGCCAGCAUUUGAAAGGAACAGAUUAUACCAUUCUCUCGGUCCGGUGACAAGAGUGGCACGAAAUGGCUAUCGAGGCCACAUGAAGGCCAGCAGUUCUGCAGAAUCUGAAGAUUUGGCUGUUCAUUUGUAUCCAGGAGCAGUUACUAUUCAAGGUGUUCUCAGGAGGAAGACUUUAUUGAAGGAAGGCAAAAAGCCUACUGUAGCAUCUUGGACAAAAUACUGGGCAGCGCUGUGUGGAACCCAGCUUUUUUACUAUGCUGCAAAGUCUCUGAAGGCUACAGAGAGAAAACAUUUCAAAUCUACACCAAGUAAAAAUGUGUCAGUGGUAGGAUGGAUGGUGAUGAUGGCUGAUGACCCAGAACAUCCUGAUCUCUUCUUGCUGACUGAUUCUGAGAAGGGAAAUUCAUACAAGUUUCAAGCUGGUAACAGAAUGAAUGCAAUGCUGUGGUUCAAACAUCUGAGCGCUGCAUGCCAAAGCAACAGACAACAGGUUCCUGCCAACUUGAUGUCUUUUGAGUAAAAAGCUAAUUCAAAACAUGAAAGAGAACAAUUUGAUGAACUGUUUGUCUCAUAAUUUGAGCAUGACGUCCUGAAGAAAGCGUGCCAGCUAUACAUUUAUUUCUGUGCCGGAACAGAACCUAAAGGCUCAAUCUCUAAACGCUGGAGUACUAACAAUUUGGGGAAUGGAUUCCCUGAGUGAAAAAUGGAGUUGCAACAUGAACUGCCAUGGACUAUGCUUAAUAUUUUCUGAACUGACCUGUGGAAACCACUGCCUUAAAGAGUGAAAGGAAAAUCAACAUGAAACACCAAAUAGUGUGUGUGAAACUAAUGGCGGUGCUGUGCUUGGGUUAAAUAGGUUGUAGCUAAUCUGCAUUUCUUUUAACUUUAUACUAAUUUUUUGGGGGUAGGGGGACACCACCUUUUUAGUAUUCUUUAAAAAGGGUCUAACCAUAUUCUUAAGGGUUGCAUCAACAUCUGGGUUUAGACUAAGGAUAUAGCGGUACUUACACAUUCUAGGGAUGGUGUUUAAACUGUAUUAGCAGCCUUCAAUUGGAGCUUCUCUCAGGCUCACUUGAUCUGGAGCAUCAUUAAUUUUCUCAGACCUAGACUAUGAGAGCUGUAACAAAUGGAACUUUUUUUGUUUGUUUGUUGGUUUUAAGUACUAAAUUUGGUAACCUUAGUACUGUAUAGGAACCUUACUUCCUGCCAGUGGCACAAAGGCUGAGUGUUUGUACAGCACGUUUUUUCUUGUAAGCAGGAUUGUGAUACAUGCUUGUCUAGUUCCUGGUUGAAGAAUAGUCUGUUUUGGGUUUAAGUGGGAGCAGUGAGGUGUCAUCAGGUCAGAACUGAGUGUUUCCUUCCCAUUGUGUUUCUACACUGAUUACUUUCCUGCAUGUGAUGGUUCCACUACACAACAAACACUGGAUAUAGCUCACAGAGAUCUUUUACUUCUCUGGAGGGGUGUUUCCCUAGGUACAGUUAAAGGGAGGGAAAAGCAGAAGACCCUCUCUCAGGGUAAGAUGGUUCAGAGUAUCAGUUUUAUAAGACCUCUUUUUUUACAGUGUUUGAGAGACACAAUGUCAGAGUUUCCAUAUUUUCAUUUUGAAAAAAAUGGUUUUAAUUAUCUGUAUUGUUCAAGAUUUAGGAGCUCGAACUGUAUUUGCAAUUUCUAGAGAAGUUUAAUCUAGGAAAGAAAAAUAGGGUGGACUAGAUAAUCAAAACCUUUUUCCUAUAUAUGAGUAAUUCUUUGUCACUAAAUGUACUUCCUCAAAAAAUUUAAAAUCCCAAACAGGAGGACAAAUUUGCUGUGUUCUAUGCAUUAGAUUUUCAUUCAUGCCUUAUUUUGGGUUCUUUUAAGUUAUGUAAUUAUAGUCUCUUGUCACAAAGCCCUAUUUAAGAUUCAGAACAUUGAUCUUCAUAAAUAGGGAAGAAAUUCCAAUAGUGUCCAGGAAAACUUCUUGAAAAAAUAGUAGAUAUUCCACUGAGAUUGUAAUUUAAAAGCACUAAAUAAGCUUACAGGUGCACCCCUAGAUUUUCCAAAACUAUCCAGUAGUCUCAGGUAAUGAGUUCUCUUGAUAAUCUGGGGGGGCAGGAAAUUCCGGAGGUGGUAAUUUGUUUGGUAAUGUACAUUUCAUUUACUAAAUCAGGGUAAGGGGAUAGAAUUUCACACAUUAAAGUUCCCAGAAUCAAUAUCACAUUUUCUUAACAGAAAUCAAUCGUUUGUGACUCAUGAGGCAGAGGAGGAAGGUUGCUGUCCCUAUUGAGAGAACAAACUAGCAUAAAGAAAGAACCAUUCUGGGGGAAGAGAGAAGUGGAAAGUUGGGGCAUUUCCAAAUGUUACUCUGUGAAAUCUGUUUUCAGUAUAAAGAGGAUAUAGUAGAUGCACACUUCUGUGUCACACUUACACAAUUUGGUGUCACUUUGUAUAUCUUUUUCUGUGGAGAGUGAAUAAUCAGUUCUGAUCCUGAAGUAGUAUAUCCUGAAAGGAGGUUGCUCAUGACGAAUCACUUUUCAGUUCAAACAUCACUUAACCCAUGUUGGGUGUAUAGCAGAGACAACAUCUUAAUAGCCAACAGUAUUACUGUAAUAGAUUUUGCACAGCUUUAGUUUUUGUUUUGCAUUUUUAAAAUUACUUAGUGUGUGUUUCUUCUCAAAAGUGUUUUUUAACAAAAUGUGUGUACUUUUUUUAAGCAUUGUGUAUGGUAACCCUGUGGAUUUUGAAUUUUUUUAAUAAGCUAAUUUAGAUGCAUCACAGGUUAACUAUAUCUAUUCUUAUGUUAGUGAGAGGAAACAUGAAACUGGGAGCCACAGCCUGACAUCACACAGCUUUGCUAAAGACAGAGUUGGGUCAGAAGGUGUUGUUUUUGUUCUUUGAAUUUAUCCAGCUGUAUUUUCUUCUGUUUUUAUGGUACAUAGAGUAAGAUGGGGAAAGCAGUGCUGAGCCCUUGUCAAUAGUCACCAUUAGAUGAACUGUUACCUGUAGCUGCUCUCUACUUAUUUAGACAUCAUAUAUCAUUUUGAUCUUUAUUUUUCUAGCCUCAAAUAUCUCAUUUUUCAUGGGAGAACUGUUGAAAAAAGAAGCCUCUUACAAUGUUUAGCAAGAGUAAUAAGAGAGAGAAUGAUUAAUGAAAACAUUUUUAGAUACUUAGUACCAGAAGUUCAAUAUCUAGUUCUGUUUUAUCCCCUGUUAGUGUUUAUGUGGCAAUCUGAAGGAUUACUGGAAUUAAGACUUUACAUCUUUUGAAUUGGAAGAUUAUUAGGGACAAGUGAUUUUUUUUUCUCUCCUGAGAGGAAACCUGUCACAGAAAGCUUAAAUAGAAUGACAACUCAAAUCAACUGUGAAGAGCACAGUAAUCCACUUCUCUGUAAAAAGUAGUAGUUAAACAAAACGUUUAAAGUAGAAAUGGGAAAACAAUACAGCAGCCAGAUAUAGACAGGUAAGGAUGCACUAUCCAGAAUGUCAGCAAGUUGAUUGUGUUUGUCUUUGGUUUAUCUUGCAAUGUUUUUCUUUAGUUUUUACUUUCAGUAACUGUUGAAGUUUUGCAGCUAACAUUCAUAACUUUUGUUUUGUUGUAUUUAUAUCUUUAGUUGAAAGAGGUCUCUUGAGAUGUCUUGCAGAACAAAAGAUCCAUUAUUACAGGAAUGUGGACAAAAAUAGUUCAGAGUAGAUCUUCCUGGCUGGGUUAUAUGUAAAUGUUGAUCAUCUGCUGACUGGUAUACAAAGGCACUUUUUCACAUUUCACUUCCUACAAGAUUUUUAGUUUAAACACCAACAGAGAAUCCACCCAGUUUAGAGAAUUAGUUGUGGUGAUACUAAACGUAGUGCACUUCUAAUACAUCUCUGGCUGUAAAUUGAAGCACUAAAUGCUAACUUAAUGUUCGCUUCUAAUUUAGUGCUGUUUCUUUUUUCUUUAUAACUUCAUUUACAUUUAAUCAAAUGCCUUCCAUUUCAGUGUUCUUAAAGAGCUAUUGUUAGUCACAAUUCAUUUUACAAAAUGGGAUCUAUGCAAUUUGAGUUAAUCUAGGCAUGUGCUUCAUUUUACUAACCAUUUCUUGUGGAAAAUGCCUUUGAAACAUUGCCCAAAUUACUCUGAUUCAAUGUGCAUUUGAGUUAAGUAUGUGCCACCUGGUUUUAAUACCCAACUUUUAACCUUUCCUACAAGGAACUUUUCAAAGAUUCUAACAAGCAGAUCAGUAAGAUCUGAAAAGCUCACUAUGCUGAAAAUCGUGACAGGGCGGUCUUCACUUCCUCAAUUCUGCACUCUCAUAUGUGGUCUUUUUGGGGAAUUGACUAUAUGUUAACUUUCCCUCUCGGAACUCAGAUGUGUUAUAAAAGAAUUUGCAGCAACGUUGUUGCUGCUAGCAGUACAUUUACUACUGAAAAUGAAAACAUAAAAGAAACAAACUAUCAAGGAAACACAAAAGAAUGCAGCGCAGUUGCAUCAGUUUAUUUUUGUUGAUUGACGUUGGCUAUGUAGUUUAAUGCUAGUUUCCUUGCCACAUUUUAAGUGCGCUUAUUUGCAAUUAAAUUUUUAGAAGACUGUAAUCUUCCACUGUUAAGGAGAAACGUAAGAAGGUUGUCAACUGGAAGAUGAUUUCCCUUCCAACAGAAGUAAAUGUAGCUUUGUACUGCUAAGGCACUGUGGGCAGUUGGAUCCCUUUUGAUAAAAGGAAAAUUGUGUGGUGAUGUUUUUCUGGCUCCUGCAGUGGCAUUUUUCUUCAUUCUCCUCUUCUGGUAUUUUCAUUCACAAGCAGUAGAAGUCCUAAUCUUUUCCAGCCAUUUUAGUAUACUGCCUGCUCUAAGCUUCAAAACACUAGACGUGGUACUAAAUCACACCAAUGAGGAGUUUGUUCUUGCUACGAGGUCAACUUUUAAAAGCAUCAUUAUUUAAAUACCGACCCUUUCAUUUUUUCUUUUGCCUUUCCCUAAAAAUGGCUUGUGUCUAAAGUAAACAGAUUUGGUGUUUGGGAGAGUUGUAAUUGAAGGAAUCUGUAUAAAUGAAUGCUGAACUACUUCAGUGGGUACAAAUGAACUUCUUUCUGGUCAUCAUCCAAACUUUUGUGGGGAGGCAAGACACUUGGAUCUGAGAGAGACUGGUCAGUGCCUUAUUGUCAGUUUGAAGUCCAGUUCUGUUGUUCUAGAGCUGAAAAUAUAAUAGCAACCACUGGACUGAAUUACUUUCCCUGAUUUCUGUAGUGUGUACCCUCUUUCCCAACAUUUUUACUUUCUCACAGAAGGAAUUAGUCAAUUUUGGUCUGUGUAAGAUAGAUAUGGUUUAAAUUACUAAACUGUUUUUCUAGGUUUGGUAACUUUUUGUAGCAGAAGCAGCCAUUGACAGAUUUGUCUGCAGCUUUUAUCAGAACUGUCUAAACCAUCUUGUAACAAUUUUUCUUUAAAAUAUGAAACAUUUGUAAUGUCCAGCAUAAAAGAUAAAAAAGCAGCAAGAAUAAAUAAGGAUCAGAGGGCAUUCCGAGUAAUUUCUAGUGUUUUGUGACCUUUAAUUCUCCUAGCUAAAAAUGAGGAUUCUCUUCCUUUUUAUUCCUUUGAAACACUGUACUGUACAAAUGUGAAAGGACUAUACCUACGAACCUUUUUUUUGUUAAUUUAGAAUAAAUAUCAAGGAGAAAUUUCAAAAAAAAAAACUGGACAAACUGUAUAUUGUAGCUUUUCUUGACAUACUUUAAGCUCAUUUGUUCAGGGGUGGUUUGUUCUAUUUCUAGUGUCAUACCAUCUAGUGAAAACUAAGUUUCCCUACAAGAGAUGUGUGAGCUUUGAAGCAUUAAGCUUUGAAGCACAUAGCUUUGGAGGGAGAAAUUAAUUAAUAAGCUUUCACACACUGAGGUUCUUUUAGCAAUGAAAGCCACAUACAAUAGAAUAUUCAUUUUCCUCUAAGACAUUAUGGUAGAAAACAGAGCAUUUCCUCUGCAGUGUUCUUCAGAUGUUUAAAAGGAAAAGCAUAACCUAGCACAGAAAUGAUCAACCUUAAAGGGUUCUUCAGUGACAAUUGAAAGGAUUAGCCCAAGGUGAAGAAAGCAGAGGUUUGAGUCUAGCCAUGCAUGUUACUGAACAGAGUUGAGGAUUUUUCUCAAGGACUAUUGCUAUAAAAAAAAAAGUGCCACAAUGAGAUGGAGGCUUUUGCAAAUCACACCGUGGUGGCUCAUUUCUGGAGCUUUUCCUCAAACAGCCAGGAGUAACAUAAACAUUCAGUUUCUUCUGUACACUUGAUUAGUAUCAAAUUUACCUUAGUGGAAGAGGGAUGUGGCCUCCAAUUCCCCAGCAAAACUCUUGCCAUUCCAGAACUCCUCCCAAAUAUGGUCCAAAAGUAGUAAAAGUUGACCAAUUAAAUAGGGAGAGAAAGGAUCUUUAGGGUUCACCUGUUUACAGAGCCCUUGACUCCUUGCAUACAGAUAAAUACACCUAUUCAAGCCCUACUGUAGUAGUGCAGAGGCUGGGGAAAUCAUACAAUCUAUAAUAAUCCAGGAAGAAAAAACAAAGAUUGUUUAUAUGAUAAACACAAGCCAUUUUUAAUGUUAUUCUUCCAUGUUGACUUGAGAUGCUAUAGUGAUAGUAAUUGCACUAUGACCUCUAUGAGUGAUGUGCAGUUAGACUGUCCUCUAGCCUUUUUUCUUCUUUUUUAAAUACUUUAGUGUGAGUGUGUGUGAAAUUGUGUGUUUGCAUAAGCUAGUUUAAAAUUACUUUAAGUACGGAUUUCAGAAAUCUUUCCUACUGAAAUAAAUUAUUUAAAAUGUG